AAGAAACGCGCGCAGGUGCAGUCUAGCCACAGAACACCGUCAACAUUCGUCGUCAACACGCAGACCAGCGCAGAUUGAGAAUAUGCCGUGUUAAUGUAACUCCGAACAUGCGUAGUUCGCAGUAAUUUUGUAAUGCGACGUAAUGCUACCAGCCGUUUUGUUGAGUCUUUAGGCAGAAAUAAAUAGGACAGUUGAUCAACCGUUUCUGAGCUUCCUAAAGCAAUGCGGCUCUGCAAGCCCGGUUGUAAACUGUGUACCUAAGGAACCAAGCAGUGCAUUGCUGAAGUGCAAUGUCGAUUCGCACUAGUCGCAAGAUGCUACCAGCUACACCUGAGCGUGUUGGGGGCCGAUGCUUGCAGCCCGUGGAACAUGACAAUCAGGGUGGUCAUGCAUACAGUCGAGUCUUUCUUGAGUACUCGCUCAUGUCUGAAUACUUGCUGCUGAUGAAACAGCAAUUGUCUGGAGUGUAUGUGAUGCCAUCAGCCAGCUCAGCUUUUGUGUGGUAUGGAGUGUUAUUUAUCCGACAAGGCCUAUAUCAGGGUGGCGUGUUUCGGUUCACGCUGCGUAUUCCGGAAAACUACCCCGAUGGAAACUGCCCGGAUUUGGUGUUUGAAUCUGCCAUCUUCCAUCCACUGAUUGAUCCUGUUACGGGGGAAUUGGAUAUCAAGCGUAGCUUUCUUAAAUGGAGGAAAAACGUUAAUUUUUUGUGGCAAGUUCUACUCUGUGCACGACGUGCCUUCUACAAGAUUGAGACACAAACUCCUCUGAAUCCUGAGGCGGCCACACUGUACGAGCAGAACUUGGACCAGUUCAAGCUCAAAGUUGCUGAGAGCCUAGCAAGCUGUGAGCAGCGUCUCUAUGAAAGUCCAGCCACAGAUGACAGUCACGCCUUACACUUCUUACCAUGGGAUUCUACUGUGGAGGAACGCGUGUCUCAGCGGCACAUUCUUGAUAAGGUUCUGUUUGGCACUGGUGAAGAAACAGUGGAGGGCUCUCCCAGUAGUGUUGGCUUGACCUGGGUCAAACGUGGCUGCAUGCAAGCAUUCUCCAAGACUGUGUCCUGACAUCAACCGAAUUGACAUGCUCGUUUUGCUGAACUGCUUGUUUACUGUUGAUAUUUCUCCUUUCUUUGAAAGGCAGUUAUUCAUUUUGAGGUCUUUGUUAGGAAAGUUGUGCGUACAUGUGCAGUGAUUCUUCAUGUAGUUGAAGAUUGGGGUAAUCACAAUGCCCUGGUUUAUAAUAUUUGGAGUAAAACAGACAGCCAAAAUAGUGGCAGAGCUAUAUUUUUACGUUUUAGAUUGAAUGAUUUUUAUUUUUUUGUGUGUGCUAUGUGAAUGUGAGAAAAGACUACCUGUGGUUAAAGUUUGUGCGCUUGACAUGUGACCACAAAUGGCACCGUGUUUGCUCUUUGUGCAAAAAAAAAAAAAGAAAAAGAAAGUAGCCAUCAAUGAAAGUAAUUCUAUUGGAAAUCGUUCAUUAUUAUAAGUUGCUUUUUUGAUGAAUUUUGCCUGGUAUUAAAGUUAUGCAUAGAAUUCAUUAGUUUCUUAGAGUAAAUAUUGUGACAUUUUAUGUACUAAAUGAAUCAUAAAUUUGCAUUGGUUGGGCCUAUCACUAUAUUUCCAACAUCUCAUUGAAGACAAAGUGUGAUUGCCACUUCAUGUGUUUGUGCACAUAGCUACAUAAUAAAACUUGUACUCUUCAGGCAUGGUACACACAUGCGAAAACUUAUUCGACUUGAAGUAUUAUUACUAGAAAAAAUUUUAUGUAACACCUAAGCAGUUUGCCAAGACAAAAAAGGCAUUGGUUGUGUAGAUUCUAUUAACUCAUUGCCAUAAAAGGCCUGACUUUAGAACAACAUGAAAAAGUCUCAUACAGAUAUGUUGUGAUAUUUUCAUCCAGUUAAUGCAUAACACCACCAUAAUACCCAAAUGUGUGAUUAUGAAUAAGAAGCUGAUGCCUUUCCUGCCAUAGCUUGCAAAGUUUUUUGUAUUGAGCAAGCGUGCAUGUCAAAUAUACAUGUACAGCCUGUUGCUAAAGUGUGAAGGCCAGUUUUCGUGUUGAUUCAGUGCUUAUAGUUUCCUGCACAUUAAAAAAAAAUAGCGAACCUGUUUUGGCAUUAAGAUGAAACAUCAAGAUGCCCAUGAGUACAAGCAGAGCAGCUUGCAUGGCAAGUGUGUUCGGAUUCCCUUGCUUUGGGAGCAGCGAUAUUAUUGUGCUUAUAGAAGCUUCUUCUGCACAUAUGAACAAAUAAAUUGACUGAAUCUUUUGA